AUGCCAAGAAAAGGGAGCAACGGUCUCGACUCGCCGAACUCAACCCAGCCCAUAACUCCGCCAUCACCACCACCACCAAUCUCCGGUCAACGCGUAACCCUCGAACCCAUCACCCCCCAGGCCAUCCCCUCCCUCUUCACCCAUCUCGGCUUCCCCCAAACCAACCACCUCGUCGACCACAUCACCGGCUUCCCCUACGUCUCCACCGCCGAAGCGCUCUCCACCCACAUCUUCAGCUACCUGGACCUUAACCCCGACCUCACCAUCUUCGCCAUCAAAGCCUGUCCUAACCAUCUCGGCCCCCCAUCAUCCCCACUAUCUCUACCUGACGCCGACACCCACGCCGACACCUCCGUCCUAGGCCUCAUCGGCUACCGCCUCCACCCACCUUCGCACACCAUCGCCCUGGACGACGUGUUAUUCUCCCCAGCACUACAACGCACCUACGCCUCCACCGAAGCCUCCUACCUACUGCUCCGCCACCUCUUCGAAUCAUCACAAACACCAAGCUCGUACGCCCGCGUCUGGGUGAGAUGCAGCACAGCGAACGUGGCGUCGCGGCGACACUUGGAGCGGUUGGGGUACGUGCACGAAGGGGUGUUGCGGAAAGAUAACGUGACGCGGUGGGGGACAGCGAGGGAUUCGCAUUGUCUGAGCAUGCUGGAUAGCGAGUGGGUAAGGAAUAAAAGGGUGUUGGAGGGGUGGUUGGGGGGGGAGAAUUUUGAUGCGCAGGGGAGGCAGGUUAGGUCGAUGGGGGAGGUGAGGGAUGCUGUAGCUGCGGAUAAGGAUAAGGAGGGCGGAUUGUAG